AUGUAUAACAGCCUUGGACCAGAGACAAAUACGCGGGACACGCAGAAGUGUAGCGUCUGCCGACAUCGAAGGAAAAAGUGCAGUCCACAUGACCGCGACUGGGAGAACAGUCAGCAGAGGUGCCACUUCUGCGAGACCCAUGCCCUACCGUGUGGACCAAAUGUGAGGUAUAGCGAGGACCCUGCAGUCAUCCGGCGGCGUGAGGUGGUGUUUGAGAAUGCAAAUGCGGGCCGCAGCAGUCAAGCAGGAGAAAGACACUCAGAAGGACCAACAGCGCGGUCAGCGCUAAACUUUCCUGCUCCUGCCACGCGUCAUAGAAGAGGAAGAAACGUGGGCCCGCCGGAUGCUGGUAGCGCCGAAGAUGGGAGAGAGCCAUUUGGCACUGAGUCCAUCGCGGACCUUGAGGAGAAGGCUUUCUCAAGGUUUGACGACUUCCACGCUCUAGGAACCACUUUAGUAUACGUAACUCAGCCCUCGUGGGUCUACUGUCCCUCUCAUCGAGCUCAACAACCGUAUCAUGACUUGUCGAUCGAAGAAAAACUACAUGAGCUUUUUAUAAACAUAUAUGACAUCGCUGUCGAAGCUAGAGACCGAAAUGAAUCUCACCUGGCCCGAUGGAUACUCUUCGACCUUGUAUUCGCUUUGGACCAGUACCGGUUGUUCGACACACGGAAACGAAAUAUCUUGUUGAAGAUGGCACGUAUGUUUCAAGAGCUGCGUCAUCCAUGGCAUUAUGCACAUGUCCUCUUAAAGAUCGCCGGCAUGUACAAAGGGUCAGCGUUGCCUACUCAGGAAGGCCGUUUGUUGGCCGAAUCUUCCCACCUGUUGGCCGAAUCAUUCCCCACCUCUUCAAUGUCUAUCAGGCGUGUCCUCGUAGAUCGUUGGAAUGAGACAGUUGGUGGUAUUCAUGUUGACUCGAACCUGAAUGUGCCACCUCUACAUGCCGCCGUACAACAUCGAAACCCGAGCAUCAUCCUGGCACUCUUGUCCAACCCCAAUGACUGUAGCUCCACGCCGCUAGCCCCGCCCCUGACUAUGCCAUCGAGGGUUGGCCAAGUGAGAGCCGACAUAGAAGAAAGGGAUCUUAACAGUCGGACUGCUCUGUUUGCGGCAGUCGCCAAUGGAGACGAGUCUUGUUGCUCUGCUCUACUUUAUCACGGGGCCGACGCCAACAUUCGUGAUGACCAUGGGCACACUGCUCUCGAGGUGGCAGUCAGAGGAAGCUAUCUCAACAUUGUGGACCUCCUAAUCUAUUACAAGGCGCUUGUGAAUCCUGAUAUCACAGGUUGCUCGUCUCUGCCAUUGCACGCCGCCAUCGAGAGCAGCAAUUUGAGCAGCAACUUGCAGCUUACGAUCAUCCACAACCUACUGAAGUCCGGUGCCGAGGCCUAUCUUCGAAGACACGCGGACAACAAGCACGCGAUAGAUCUUGCUGUUGACCGAGGAGAGCACGAGCUGGCAGAAAGCAUACGCCAGAAGGUCCCCAGCCUGAGCCAGAGCCACACUGCUUUCAUGGGCCAAAUCAACUCCUAG